AUUUUCGAUACCAAGUGAAGUGUCAUAUGCGUCAAUAUCGGUCUCAGACAGAAUUUAGUUAACUUUGAAAAUAAUGUUUGUGAGCCUGCAAAUGAUCCCAUUGCAACCGACUUAUAAAAUAAGAACUUUUCAGGACCGAAAGUAAAACGUCCUUGAAACCAAUACAAGCAAAAAAAGUUUUGUUUUUUUGUUUGCUUCAGAGGGAAAACAAAACAAAAGUCGUAUUGAACUUCUGAACUAAACUGUCGAGUUAAGAGAAUGGUGAGUGCUUCCCAGCAAAGCAACGAGAAGACGAAAGGGGAGAAAGGCCACCGACUAGUGGUGGGGCCAGCGGUGACGCGCAGGCAUGUUCAACUUUGCUCCACCCUGAAAAAAUACUUUUCUUCCUCAAACUAUCACAUAUCUGAAGGGUUAGGGCAAAGUUAAAGAGCAAAGAGAAGAAACUGAUUUUUAAAACGUUUUUUCAUCAUUCUCACCUUGUUUCAAAAAUAUGUUUAUGGCAGUCAUGCUGUUGUCGAAACCAAAGGAAUAACUCCACACCAACAAGGACACUUUUUAAAGAAGGUUUCUCGGUGCUCACCCCUUCUCACGUAAAACAGAUAACCCAGGAUGCGGUUACCGGUGGCCGCUUUAUGCUUCGUCGUACUUUUUAAGGUUUCAAGUGCUGUAGAUGGUAAUCAAACAAUCAUCCUGUCGGUUUUAAGUAGAACAACAGACUCUCUAACAUUCAGCUGGAAUGCAGUCACAAAUAGUAGUUUCUUCAAAGUACAGUUAAGUGGGAACAUAACAACAGAGAAGAAUGUGACAGACUUAAAUCUCACCUUCAGUGGGUUGACUUCAGGUGCACUUUACACUGUCAAUGUUUCCGCAUUUUCUUCAGAUAAUGCAACUGUGGUGGCUUCAGCACAACUAUCAAGUGCUUCUAGACCUAAAAACGUAACUAAAUUGACUGUCGUGAAUACCACAACAUCAUCUCUGUUUAUCAGCUGGACAGCUCCUGUUGGAUAUCACAGUCUUUAUAAUGUUAACAUUAGUGGGAGUGCAUAUUCCGGUAUAACAGUGACAACCGAAUAUGCUAACAUGACAGGACUGACACCGGGAGGAAACUACAGUGUAACUGUUUCAGCAGUUGGACUUGAUAACGAGACAGUAGGAGAUGCAUCAGAUAUCACUGUGGCAACCAGACCUGAAAAAGUGACUGAAUUGACUAUCGUGAACACCACAACAUCGUCUGUGUUUAUCAGCUGGACAGCUCCAGUUGGAAAUCACAGUCUUUAUGUAGUUAACAUUAGUGGGACUGUAUUUUCCAGUAUGACAGUGACAACAGAAUAUGCUAACAUGACAGGACUGACACCGGGAGGAAACUACAGUGUAACUGUUUCAGCAGUUGGACUUGAUAACGUGACAGUAGGAGAUGCAUCAGAUAUCACUGUGGCAACCAACUGCCAGCACUUACAACAGAAUAUUUGUUUCCCUGACUGCACAGGACCUGAAAAAGUGACUGAAUUGAGUGUCGUGAACACCACAACAUCAUCUGUGUUUAUCAGCUGGACAGCUCCAGUUGGAAAUCACAGUCUUUAUGUAGUUAACAUUAAUGGGACUGUAUAUUCCAGUAUGAGAGUGAUAACAGAAUAUGCUAACAUGACAGGACUGACGCCGGGAGGAAACUACAGUGUAACUGUCUCAGCAGUUGGACUUGAUAACGUGACAGUAGGAGAUGCAUCAGAUAUCACUGUGGCAACCAGUAAGUGA